AUGGUUGGGUUCAAGGCCACAGAUGUGCCCCCUACAGCCACUGUGAAGUUCCUGGGGGCAGGCACAGCUGCCUGCAUUGCUGACCUCAUCACCUUUCCCCUGGAUACUGCUAAAGUCCGGCUACAGAUCCAAGGAGAAAGGCAGGGGCCAAUGCAGGCUGCGGCCAGUGCCCAGUACCGCGGGGUGCUGGGCACCAUCCUGACCAUGGUGCGCACCGAGGGCCCCCGCAGCCUCUACAGCGGGCUGGUCGCCGGCCUGCAGCGCCAGAUGAGCUUCGCCUCCGUCCGCAUCGGCCUCUACGACUCCGUCAAGCAGUUCUACACCAAGGGCUCUGAGCAUGCCGGCAUCGGGAGCCGCCUCCUGGCAGGCAGCACCACUGGUGCCUUGGCCGUGGCCGUGGCCCAGCCAACGGAUGUGGUGAAGGUCCGGUUCCAAGCGCAGGCCCGAGCUGGAGCUGGCCGGAGGUACCAGAGCACUGUUGAGGCCUACAAAACUAUUGCCCGAGAGGAGGGGUUUCGGGGACUCUGGAAAGGGACAUCUCCCAAUGUCGCUCGCAAUGCCAUUGUCAACUGUGCUGAGCUGGUGACCUACGACCUCAUCAAGGACACUCUCCUGAAGGCCCACCUAAUGACAGACGACCUCCCUUGCCACUUUACUUCUGCCUUCGGGGCGGGCUUCUGCACCACCGUCAUCGCCUCCCCUGUCGACGUGGUCAAGACGAGAUACAUGAACUCUGCCCUGGGCCAGUACAGCAGCGCUGGCCACUGCGCCCUCAGUAUGCUCCAGAAGGAGGGGCCCCGAGCCUUCUACAAAGGGUUCAUGCCCUCCUUUCUCCGUUUGGGAUCCUGGAACGUGGUGAUGUUCGUCACCUACGAGCAGCUGAAACGGGCCCUCAUGGCUGCCCAUGCUUCCCGGGAGGCUCCCUUCUGA